AUGGCAAUAUUUGAUGAGCGCCUUGUAUCCAGCCCUGCAUUGACACACAAAUUUGUCAUUGACAAUAUAAGGAAUAUUAGCUCUGAUUGCAGCGGAAUUAGAUAUAUGAAGGACGAUCAGUUGGGUGCAGUGACAUAUCCACAUAAUCCCUCCAUGAAUCUGUUGUGUUACUUCCAAGAAUGGAGCUCAAAUGAUGCAAAACAGUUUUUGAAGACAAAAUGGACCAUUCAAGAUGUUGAUGGACAAUGCUCACUCAAGGUCACUGGAUCACGCAAGGGAUGUCCAAUAGCGGCUCACUAUCACUUACCCCUGUAUGCCCUGAACAAAAAGUUUGGAAUUUACAAAAAAGUAGUAGAACACCUGUGGGAUUCAUCUGGUGGUGAAGCUACUACUGUCCGAAAUACUUAUCUUUCUGUCAUAAAAUAUUUACAUGAAGUACGCAUCGCAUUUCUGGACAAUGCUGGAGGAUCUCCAAAUCUGCUCCAUGGAGACUUCAGAUCACCGGCAUUGGACUAUUACCUCUGGAUGGAUCACAUGGGUGAUGGCUUUGAUGAUGAUGAUCGGCAGGCAUUGCAUACAGCUCAUGGUGUUACCUUUGAAGCCCUCAAGAAUGGCCAGUGUUCAGAUAUCCUGGUUUUUCUCGAUUGGAGGACCUAUCACAAAACAAAAUGCCGCAAGCAUGAUUUUUGUGCAGCAUUACAGGGAUGUGGAGGCAGUGAAGAUCUCGAGCACCUACUAAGUGCAAUUGAUGCCUCCAUCAAUGCAGUUGAGCACCCAGCUGUAUCCACAACAUCGAUCGAUAUCCUGGUUUCUGCAUGUUCAUCGGCUCAUAUAACACUUGUAUUGGAUGAUCCAGAUGUGGACUCACAGCAGUUGAAUCCGUUCCCAAAGUUCCCACUUCCCUUCGAUAUAAAUUGUCGCAGUAUGGCACUCAGUACUCUUGGUGGAUAUGCACACCAAAUCCUUGUUGGCGGCUUUGGGAGAUGGCUCCCUAGCCAUAUCGCGAUGCAUUUUCGAGAGAUCCAAGCCAUUGAUUAUAACGAGCUAUUGGAGAACCUCGUGGCUAAUGGUUUGCUUGUAACAGCACAAAAUACAGAAGAGUUCUUGGAAAUAUUUGCUAUGGCAGAGAUGAUGGUGAUAUGCCAACAGUUAUCUGUGGACCGUGGUUCAAUGGCAAGAUUUUUCACUGCUGCUGGUCGUGCCCUUUAUGCAUCAUGA